CCCCUCCGGUUCAAUUUCUGGUCUUCCUCCUCCUACCUUACCCUGUCUCCCCAGAGUCACAGGUUUAUCUAUAGACCUUCGCCCUAGACACACGGCGCGGGAAUAGAACCAAGCUACGGGCAGCCUGGCGCAGCCAAAUCAACCAAUCCUUUCUCCUUGCGACGGGACAUUGAUUUGACGCCGCUUUCGCGCAUCCUCCUCGCCAUUUCCGGCCUCUCUUCUUCCUCUCUCGCGUCCCUCCUCGCCACACACGCACCCUCUAGCACCCUCUAGCUGCUAUCGUCCAUGUCGCGACGAACCUCGUGCGCAUCUGACGACAGCAGAAAAUCGCACAGCAGACCCGUGUCGCAGCACAGUCACGGUUCGCCACGCUCCUCCUCCCACAACAUCUCUUCGCAGCAGAGAACCAUCAGCUCCCAGACGCACACUCCCUCUCCUCUCAAGAUGGUCACAACUACGACGACGGUGACGACGACGGCGUCGCACCACCACAGCGACGACGCCUUGCACUACUACCUGCCCGACACCAACGCGCAGGAGGCCGAAUUGCAGAAGCAGGGGUGGAUGGAACCGAUAGUAAUAGACGACGAGGACCUAAUGUUUGGCGGAAAGAGCCUCAGCGCCUGGUACGAGGAGGAGAGAAAGUCGCUCAGCUUCCCGGCCGAAGAGGAGCGACGCGGCCGUCAACGGACACAUCACCACCAUCACCAUCACCACAACCGCCAACACGCGAACUCGGGAACCACGACGAAUGGCCAUGACGACCAGAAGAAGCAUUGACACGACGGACGAGCCUAAAGGGCUGCCGAGCAGCCCCCUAUUCCCUUCACACGAGAUACCCAAAACAA